GACCCUUCCAUGCAGGAGCGUUCUUUCCGAUACCUCACCAACUUGGAGGAGGAGUCUCAAAAAGGCUUAGCUCUCGAGACUGUGCAGAAGAACCCGCGGCUCUUAACAGUGCCUGACUUCGAGUAUGAGCGUACCAAGCCGUCUCUCGCGUCCCUCUCGAACACUGCCUCUGCCAUCGACUUCCUCCGUCCCUUGGGCGAAGUGGGCUUGGCCGUGGUGAUCUUCAGCUCCUUUGUGGCACUGCUGCUGGUUCUCAGGCCACUGAUCUAUGGUGUGGGAGGCGGACCGUCCUUGGUGGGCCUGGUGACAGGCGCCUUGCCCUCCAUUCCACGACCCAGCGAGCUCGCCGAGAGCUACGGGAUCAACCUGGCCAGCUUGGUGGCCAUUAUCCCCCUCACCCAGGUCUUCAGUGCCUUUAAAAAGCGUGUUGAAGCCGAGCAAUGAGCGCAACAGAGCGCAACACCAGGCGAGCUUGCUGCGCGCAGAGAGUACGCGGGUUUGCCAAGCUCCCAUGUUUAUUGUGGAGUAGAUGUGAGGAGGUUGGGGUUCUGAAGUUUCAGAUCAUUUGCAUGAAGUGUCAACAGGCUGCCUCUUUUCCCCUAUGCCAGGUGUUUUUGUCCGCUCUCCCCCUUAUGAUAGCGCCCAUAAGGAGGGCGCCCAUAUCCGGAACAAUUCAGACAACGCCUCCGUGAGCACCUCCGAGAGUUUGCGGGCUUGGAACUUUUUAACUUCUCUGAACUUUGGAGGGCCAGGGCUCGACAAGCUUCUCGGGCCAGUUUGCUCGAAGAGCAUUUUGGGAGUAGAUCGAAUAGAUUUUGGAUUCCGCGCCCAGAAUCGCGCCCUUUCGUGGGCGCGUGCCUGCUGGCAGCGCAUGCAACGCCUCUUCGUAGGGGUGAUCAAGAAAUUUUCCGUGCGAUCACUUGCAA